AUGGCCAUGAUUGAUAACAAAAUUCCUUCGGAUUUCAUAAAAGAGGACUUGCUACGACGACCCCAGAAAAGUGACAGAAUGGCUUCAAAAUACUUGGGAAAGGGGUUAGAAAACUCGUUCAUAUCGCCCGUUGAGGAGCCGAAGGAUGGCAUUGAAAGUAGAAUUGCGGGUAUUUUCUUCUCAUUUGCCAAGACCCGUGCGGCGUCUCAGGAACAGCAUUGUCAUUAUCAAAGUCUCACCAUGGAUUUAGUUUUAGAAGUUUUAGAUUAUGCCUUCUUGGAUAAGUUUUAUGCCAGUUGGUUCCCAAAGUCUAUGGAAGAGAGUCUUCCUGAGGCCCCUGCUUUCAUACAAGAAUGGGCAAAGAUCAUUGAUAAUGGUACCAAGGUUGCCAUGUCUUACUCUGAAAACUCAAAGUUUCAGACGUUCCUUACCAAAGCUUUCUCUGAUACUAGUAAGGAAGCAAUGAUAUAUGGUGAAAAUGCACCAUACCACUUUUUUGGUGAGACCGUGUAUACACAUGCCUCGUUUCUCUCAAGAUCCAGUAUUUUGAGACAAUCUCUUUCACUAUUGGUGAUGAUGAGUAUAUUUGGUUGGUUGUUGUAUUUCACUGUUGCAUCGUUAUCAUUCUUUCUCGUCUACGAUAAGAGCAACUUUAACCACCCUCGUUAUUUGAAGAAUCAGAUAUCCAUGGAGAUAAGGCUAGCAACUGAAGCUAUUCCAGUCAUGGUUUUGUUGACUGUGCCUUGGUUUCUUUCUGAGCUACAUGGCUACUCUUACUUGUACUGGGACAUCGAUGAGUCUACUGGAGGGUGGAAGACUAUUCUUUUCCAGCUCCCUGCAAGUAUUAUGUUUACUGAUGCGGGUAUCUACUUCCUCCAUAGAUGGUUGCACUGGCCUUUGGUUUACAAAUAUUUGCACAAAGCCCACCACAAAUGGAUCGUUUGUACACCAUUUGCUUCCCAUGCUUUCAACCCAGUUGAUGGUUACUGCCAGUCUCUUCCUUACCAUUGGUAUCCAUUUUUGUUCCCUCUUCACAAGUUCACCUAUUUGUUUAUGUUUACAUUCGUUAACUUCUGGACUGUCAUGAUUCAUGAUGGUCAGUACUUGUCCAAUGGCCCUAUUAUUAAUGGCGCCGCUUGUCACACCGUUCAUCAUUUGUACUUCAACUAUGAUUAUGGUCAGUUUACCACUUUGUGGGACAGACUUGGUGGUACUUACAGACAGCCGGAGAGAGCCUUGUUUGACAAAAAGGCUAGAAAGGAAACUACCUGGGCUAAGCAAGCCGCUGAGAUGGACAAGAUCAGAGAGGUUGUUGAGGGUGACAAAGAUGAACGAGUUUACGGUACUGAAGAGGAGCUCAGUGAUCUUCACCUAUUUAAGGAAAAGGCCAACUAA